AAUCCUUGUUAUAUAUUUUUAAUCUAUCUCUCUAUAUUGGAUAUCGGAAUUCUUUGGGCACCAACAUUUGCAUUCGGUAUUUUUAGCUUGUAUGGAGUUGUUUACUGCUCCGCACCAAUAUCUACAUAUUUUGUUGGCUGUCUUAUUUUAUAUUUUGGGAAUUAAUCGUUGUAUUGAAAUGGCAUUUCCAAAUAUUGCAGAUAAACUUUUCCAUAACAAUCGUGUUUAUAUUUGGAUAGUUAUUUGUAAUUUAUAUGGACUUUAUUGGCUUUUAUUUCGUCAUGCAUAUAUUUUUAAUGGAAUAACAUUCGAAGUUUUAUUAGAUCCAUUAACUGGAUAUAUACCUUUUAGAAUGGAAAUUUUUCAACAAAAUUUAUUCGACAUAACUUUACAUAAUAUAAUAUUAGCUAUAAGUUCACCAAUAAUUUAUGCAGUUUUUAUAAUUUGCUUUUUCUUCAAAGCCAGGGAACUUUCUAAUCGUGUUACAAAAGAGGAGAAAAUGGUUCGUAUGUAA